AGUGUCUGGCUCAGUUGUUUCUUCUUCCACAUGUAUCCCUCAGUAUCUAGAACCCUGAAAUUGGUUUCUCUGAGAAAACCAAGAGGCCCGAAAUGAAAUCACGCCACCCUCAAAGCCUCAUCCACCUGUCGUGGGCAAAGUGACUCAUCACAGCAUUGAAUUAUAUUGGGAUCUGGAAAAGAAAGCCAAACGCCAAGGACCUCAGGAGCAGUGGUUCAGGUUCUCGAUUGAAGAAGAAGACCCCAAAAUGCACUCUUACGGUAUCAUUUAUACGGGAUAUGCAACGAAGCAUGUUGUUGAAGGUCUGGAACCAAGGACGCUGUACAGAUUUCGCCUGAAGGUCACCAGCCCCUCUGGGGAGUGUGAGUACAGCCCACUCGUCUCAGUGUCUACGACCAGUAGCAUUUGGCUUGGAGGAGAGCCCAUAAGUAGCGAGCACUUGCAUCGGGCUGUUAAUGUGAAUGAUGAAGAUUUGCUUGUCCGAAUACUUCAAGGAGGCCAUGUUAAGGUUGAUGUUCCCAAUAAGUUUGGCUUUACCGCUCUGAUGGUUGCUGCCCAGAAAGGAUACACCAGGCUUGUGAAAAUCCUAGUUUCUAAUGGCACAGACGUGAAUCUGAAGAAUGGAAGUGGCAAGGACAGUCUAAUGCUGGCGUGCUAUGCGGGACACCUAGAUGUUGUGAAAUAUCUCCGAAGACACGGCGCUUCUUGGCAGGCUAGAGACCUGGGCGGCUGUACGGCUCUGCACUGGGCUGCAGAUGGAGGCCACUGCAGUGUGAUUGAGUGGAUGAUAAAGGAUGGCUGUGAGAUGGCUCACCUGAUGCUUCUGAAGCCCAUAGGAAGGACUUGGGACCCAAUCACCACCUUCUUCCCAAAUGUAGACGUCGUGGACACUGGUUCAGGGUGGACCCCACUCAUGAGAGUCUCUGCGGUGUCAGGAAAUCAGAGGGUGGCCUCUCUGCUAAUUGAUGCUGGAGCCAACGUGAAUGUGAAGGACAGAAAUGGAAAGACGCCCCUUAUGGUGGCUGUGUUAAAUAAUCAUGAAGAGUUAGUUCAGUUACUUCUUGACAAAGGGGCAGAUGCAAGUAUAAAAAAUGAGUUCGGCAAAGGUGUCCUAGAAAUGGCCAGAGUUUUUGACAGACAGAGUGUAAUCUCCUUACUAGAAGAAAGGAAAAAAAAGCAGAGGCCAAAGAAGUCUUGUGUCUGCUGAUGAGAGCACCACUCAUCUGCGAAAUGCACGUAAAACAAAGUGAACCGUGACUGUUAAACUAGGGAUGGGAAAUUCUGCAUCUUGGAGGGCUGUACGUUUAUUUAUUUAUUGAAGAUUCACUGAUCCCACUUUGAAAUACAUCUUUUUACCUAA